CUCAACGCAGCAAGAAAGUCCAGCUGAGAAGACAGGAAUUCUGGUAUCCAGCAAAAAUGUCUGACAAAACCCCCUUCGAAACAGAUAUGCUGACGCUCACGCGAUUCGUCAUGGAGAAAGGACGCCGCGUUAAAGGAGCAACAGGGGAGCUGACACAGCUGCUCAACUCCAUGCUGACUGCCAUAAAGGCCAUUUCCUCUGCAGUGAGAAAGGCAGGCCUUGCCCACAUGUUUGGCAUAGCUGGCACUGUGAACGUCACCGGCGAUGAAGUGAAGAAGCUGGACGUAUUAUCCAACUCCCUGGUGAUCAAUAUGCUCCAGUCCUCCUACAGCACCUGCGUUCUGGUCACGGAGGAGAACAAGGAGGCCAUCAUCACCCCAAAAGACAAGCGGGGUAAAUAUGUGGUGUGCUUUGAUCCCCUUGAUGGCUCAUCCAAUAUAGACUGCUUGGCACCAAUAGGAACAAUAUUUGCUAUCUACAAAAAG